GAUGUGUUGAAGCAGAGGGAGACGGAAGAGACGACGGCUUCCAAUUUAAGAGAGAGAGAGAGACGCGCAAAGCAAACGAAUCGUCAAAGGAAUCAUACCAUCAAUAAAAUAAUAUUAAAUUAAACUCUAAAAUAAUUAAUAAAACUCCAAAAUCAAAACCCAUAAAUAGAAAUAAAAAAAUAUAUUACUUCGCCAUUAACAGACUACUCUUCUUUCUCUCACUUACAAACUCACACACACUCUCUCGCUCUCUCUCUCCUCUCUCGGUCUUGGUUUCAGUUUUGGUCCUCUUCUUCCGGUUGAUAUUGAUGUUAUUGUGCCCUAGAUCUUGAGACUUGACUAAGUCAAUAAGGGACGGGUUCUGGUUUCAGAUCUUUCACUGUUUUCCUCGAGAUUCGAAGAUCGCUCCAAGGUCCGACCACGCUCAAUCAGAUAAAUUUUAUGUGAUUCAGUGUGGGAUAUUUCUGGACCGCUACCUAAUCUUCUGUGCUGUUGAUUGCAGAAUUGUUCCUUUAGUUGAUAGCUGUUAGAUAAGCAUCAGUAUCAUCUUGGGAUAAAAAUUGUGAUGCAUUUAUUCUAGAUGAAGACAACUCAGGCUCAGGCGUGGCGUUUAGGCAUGGGAGACAUGCAGAUCUUGCCUGGGCCUCGCCACCGGCCACCUAUGAAGAGGCCAUUAUGGAUUAUUGUGUUGGUUUCUAUGGUCAGUGUCUUCUUAAUAUGUGCUUACAUCUACCCACCACAUAGUAGUGCCGCCUGUUAUAUAUUUUCAUCACGAGGUUGUAAGGCUAUAAUUUCGGAUUGGCUCCCACCUGCGCCUACAAGGGAAUAUACUGACGAAGAGAUUGCAGCUCGUGUUGUAAUUAGAGAGAUUCUGAAUGCACCUCUGCCUCCUGUUCAAUCAGAAAAUCCUAAAGUAGCAUUUAUGUUCCUGACCCCCAGUUCAUUACCUUUUGAGAGGCUUUGGGAUAAAUUUUUCCAGGGUCAUGAAGGAAAAUUUUCUGUUUAUGUUCAUGCAUCUAAGGACAGACCAGUGCAUGUGAGCCGACACUUUAUCAAUCGGGACAUUCGUAGUGAUCAGGUUAUCUGGGGAAAGAUUUCCAUGGUUGAUGCAGAGAAACGAUUAUUGGCAAAUGCUCUCCAAGAUCCUAGUAACCAGCAUUUUGUCUUACUUUCUGAAAGUUGUGUACCUUUGUAUAGUUUUGACUACAUCUACGACUAUCUGAUUAAUACAAACAUCAGCUUCGUUGAUGCCUUUGAGGAUCCCGGUCCACAUGGAAAUGGAAGGUAUUCAGAACACAUGUUACCUGAAAUUGAGAAGAAAGAUUUCCGCAAGGGUGCACAGUGGUUUACAAUGAAGCGCCAGCAUGCUGUGAUAGUACUGGCAGACUAUCUUUACUACUCAAAAUUUCGGGAAUACUGCAGGCCAGGUUUGGAGGGGCACAAUUGUAUUGCUGAUGAACAUUACUUGCCAACCUUUUUCAACUUGGUUGAUGCUGGUGGCAUUUCCAAUUGGUCAGUAACUCAUGUUGAUUGGUCUGAGAGAAAAUGGCACCCUAAAUCCUACAGGGCUCAGGAUAUUACCUCUGAACUUUUAAGGAAUAUAACGUCGGUUGAUGUGAGUGUGCAUGUUACUAGUGAUGAUAAGAAGGUAGUGCAGAGAUGGCCUUGCUUGUGGAAUGGUAUGCAACGGCCGUGUUACCUAUUUGCGCGGAAGUUCAUGCCAGAUGCUCUAGAUAACUUAUUGCACCAUUUUGCCAAUUAUACAACGAUUUGAGCACGAUAUUUUUGACUAUAUUCUUUGGUCGGAUUGGCUGAUGCUUUCGACCCUAUUUGCUCCGUCUUGGUUUGCCAUAUAGCUUUUAAAGAUGUAAAUUGCCAAAUUAUUGAGGCAUGAUUUUCCCCUACCACAAUUCUUAAGUGAAAAAGGGCAACUAGCAGAGCAGUCAGUUAGCUAGGGUGACCUGAGUCAGGCAGGACGCUAACAAGGUUAGAGUUGCUUCUCUAUGAGAAUGGGUGACUUCUUGUCUCUAUGACCGCUCCGUUUUCGGGUUUUGGGCUUUCUUUGUACUAGCUUUAAGAAGAGAAUCUUUUGGGGGAAACACCUUUUGUUGAAUUUUUUUUUUUUUUACUUUUUUUAAGUUUGGUCUUUUGUAAUAGAUGGAAAAUGUGAAGUUGCAAAUAUAACAAAACUAUAGCUCCCUGAUUCAUGCUUCAACUCGUAAAUUUCUGCGUCAACCAAACCAACCAGUGUGCUUGUGGAUGAAACUUUAGAACAACGGCAUUUAUUAUUCAACCGGAGAACAUUGAAUUUUGUACAGUUUUCAGUUGCACAAACUGCCUUUACUUAAGAUAUUAAUUUUA